CCCUGUUUGUUUUGAUUCGUUGUUCUGAGUCUUCCGCGCCAAAUAUCUCUCUCACCUCUUCAAUAUCAACAUCAAGUCUUCCAUUCACUUUUGACAUUGUGAUCUUUCUCCCUUCAUGGACUUGUUCGACGACGAUGAGCUGUUGGCUCAAAUGCACCAGGGUAACUUCAUGGCCGAGGACGAUAUGGAUGACCCGGAUAAUGAAGAGGAUUUGGCUCAUCUCCGGGAAAUGGAGAGCCACGAACGGAAAUUUAAACGCGCUCUGCGAUAUCCCGAUCCGGGAAACGAAGACCAACCGCAUGAGCCAGAGCAUAGUUCUGAAGUCUCAGAACUCCAACGACUGGAUAGUCAGGUAUUACUGAGGCACAUCAGAUCUAAAAGAGCACGUGGGGAAGGUGAUACGAGUUACGACAAUGACGAUCAAGGCAACAACACUUCCUUGCCAUUGGUUGAUCUGCCUGAGGAUUUCGAGAAUCUAGAUGAACUCCCCGCGGCCAAAAUCAAAAGCAGUGGACCCCUACCCCGGGAUCCAACUCAAAGUCCUCUUCCUAAGCGUCAGAAAGUCUUGUCCGAUAUCACGAAUUCCAUAGCCGCCGCCAUGGCGCCCAAUACCGAAGAAAAGCUCACUUCGCGUCUGAUUCAUAAACGCGUGCCCGAUGGGGACUUUCAAUCCGUUACUUUGGCCACGGGUGAACGGUACUAUUUAUCAGUGACGCAAUCCACGACGUCGUUGGUGAAGAACCAGGUCCAAUUUGGCGAGUUGUGCGGGGUGCCAUAUGCCGAUCUGAAGGAACAGGCUUUUAUGGAGCAAGCCAAAUUAACCCCGGAGCUCCAGGAUCAGCUUCGAUUGAGUCACACCGACACCAACGACUCCGGUUGCGAGUCUAUGGAUGAGGAGGGCUCACGCAAAUGCCUUUGGGUAGAGAAAUUCAAGCCCAAAUCAUAUUUGGAACUCCUGUCGGACGAUGGAACCAAUCGGAUUCUGUUAAAGUGGCUCAAACUUUGGGAUCAGGUGGUGUUUGGCAAAGUGAAACCGGUGAAGGUCCGAAAGCCGAAAGAGAACGACCAAAACGAUAAGUUCGGGAAAUGGAAGAAAUUCUCUAACGUUCCCGAGGUCCAAGAAGAGUUGGACGAACAUCAUCGACCGGGGCAAAAAGUGGCUUUACUUCAUGGUCCUCCAGGGCUCGGGAAAACCACUUUAGCUCAUGUGAUUGCUCGUCAUGCCGGGUACAACGUGGUCGAGAUGAAUGCAUCCGAUGAUCGAGCCCUUCAGACAUUCCGAGCCAAAUUGGAAGCGGCCACGCAAAUGAAAUCUGUAAGUGCCAAGGAUCGCCGACCCAAUUGCUUGAUCAUCGACGAGAUCGAUGGAUCACCCGUUCAGACCAUCAACCAUUUGGUUACUUUGAUAUGCGGGAAACAAACCAAGAAAGGAAGCAAACAAGGCGAGGUCUUGAAACGACCCAUCAUUUGCAUCUGUAACGACCUUUAUGUGCCCGCACUUCGUCCUUUGAAGCAACACUGUCUCAUUGUUCCAUUCCCACCCACUUUAUCCGGUCGCUUGUCCCAAAGGCUCUUGGAAAUUUCCCGGAAAGAGAAUCUCUUGACCGACACCACAGCUUUGAAUGCUCUCUGUGAGAAAACUGAGAACGAUAUCCGAUCCUGUCUGUCCACCCUGCAGUUCUUCAAAUCCAAAGGAAAACCUCUCCGGACCAUGGAUGUCCAGCAAGCUAAUGUGGGUCAAAAGGACUCUCAAAAGAGCCAUUUCUCUGUGUGGAACGAGCUUUUCCAACUCCCUCGAGGCCAUAAGAGAACGACCAAGCGAGUGCGGUCUGAGCUCGUCCAGAUCGAGGAGAGUCGAGCGUCUUUGCCGCUUCGAUUUAGUAACAUGUUCCAUUUGGCUUCCUCUUGUGGUGACUACGAUAAACUCAUGCAGGGCGUGUUUGAAAACUACUUGCAAGUCAAAUUUAAGGACUCUCAACUCGAAAAUGUGAUAGCUGGUCACGAAUGGUUCUGUUUCUUCGACUUGACCCAGGAGAUGAUUGGCCAUUCACAAGUGUACGCGCUCAUGGGAUACCAGCCGUUCGCCUUUGUGGCCUCGCAUCUGUUGUUCGGCUCUCUACAUAAAACCCGCAUCAUGUAUCCUUACACACCCUCCGAGAAAAAUAAUGCCCUCAACAAGACCAAGAAUCUCAUUUCUUCCAUGAUCAGUGACAUGGCUCCCAUGGCUCGAGCAUUCGCCUCUACUAGUGCCAUCGUAUUUGAUACCCUGCCCAUGCUCUUGGAGAUUAUGCAGCCUGUUUUGAGACCGGUGAAUACCCAGCUUUACUCUCCACGUGAAAAGCAAGAGCUUAAGAAUCUGGUCCAAACCAUGAUCGCGUACAACCUGCAAUAUGUUCAACAACUCGGUGCUGACGGCCAAUAUGAGUACAGAUUGGACCCGAGCGUCGACGAGGUCUCUCAUUUCCCCGGCAUCCCACACCGCUCGAGUCUCACCUACUCUUUGAAGCAAGUGAUCGCCCAUGAGAUCCAAUUGGAAAAGAUGCGUGCCGACGAAAUCCGAGGCGCGAGUUCGAGUGCUCAAUCUACUGUCUCGGUCUCAUCAACAGCGUCGUCAGCGUCUAUGCAGGGCCACAACAUGGGAGAAAGCAGGUCGAAGAAUGAGAGUCGAGUUAGUGAGGAUCAGACAGGAGGCCCAAGAACAUCAACAAAACUAGAGGCCUCCUCUUCUUCUUCUUCUUCUUCUUCUUCUUCCACCACGCCCAAUCAUCUGCAGAAGCUGAAAGCCAAAGAAAUCGACGUGGUCGAGCACAAUCCCGUGGAUUUCUUUGGCCGGAAGAUCGAGGGCCAAAAGGCCGACCGUGAUCGACAUGACUGUUAUAACAACGAGAUUGUGAGUAGUGACAUCUGGUUCAAAUUCAAGGAAGGAUAUAACAACGCCGUUCGAAAAAACGUGAGAAUCACGGACCUGCUCUGAUACUAGAUACAAAUCAUAGCGUGGCUAUGGAAAUCGAAACUAUAUCUCUGCUGGACUCGUCCUCAAACGGCGAUACUUCAAAAAAAUUGCCGGACCCGUCUGAGCCCAUCAAAGAAUUUGAGGACAUCUUGAAUUACGUUGGAGGAUGGGGUCGUUAUCAAUACCUGCUUCUCGUCACAUUCUUCCCAUUCACGCUCUUUCUGUCUUAUGUGGCCUAUUCACCGAUUCUAUUUCUUUACGUACCCGAUCACUGGUGUCAUAUAGACAAUAUCACCUCGGAAUUGGAGCCCUUGGCAUUUCCUAUUACCUCAGAUGGAACACGAAGCCAAUGUGAAAUGUACGAUGUCGAUCAUCAAGAGAUGUUCUCCAUGGGAUAUCGAAGUUCCAACUCUUCUUGGCCGAUCGUGCCUUGCUCACAAGGACACGAUUACAACUUUACGGGAUUUUUUCAUUCACCCUCACAGAUGUGAGGCAACUUUCAUUUCGUAUAUACUUCACAUGCCUCAAUUCA